AGAAGCAUCCGAUUGUUCUACUCCCGUCCAGAUCUGGCUCUCCUCCGGCCUUCGCGGCUCUGCCCUCCGCCGUUUGGCCUCUGUCCUGUACGGCUCCUCUCAAGGCCCCGUUUCAUUGCCGAUGAGAAGUUCAACGCAUCGUUUCAAUGCCGGCGAGAAACUCAUCGCACGGUCUGAUUUCAAUCACUUCCUUUGUCCAGGCAUCUCAAGUCCGAGUCAUUUGAUCGUCCGAUUAAGAAGAUUGUUAAAAAGGCCAGAUGAGGUUCAAGGCGAAAUUGGAAGUUAUUUUGUUGUUACAUCACCUAUUGUUGAUGAUGAUGAUGAUGAUGAUAGGGACUUGCCGAAGCUCAAUGAUGAUGAUAGGGACUUGCCGAAGCUCAAUGAUGAGAUAGCAGACUACAUCCGUAGCUGAUUGUUCGUAUGUAUUCAUCAAUAUUUGGCAUAGGUGCAUUCUGCUCAUUUCUUAGUGCUUAUUUUAUAUAAAAACUGUAUAUUUACAGACUAGGUGGAAUGAUUUAGAUGUGAAUCGGCAUGUUAAAAAUGUUGAGUACAUUGGCUUGGACAGUUUGUUCAUCUCCAGUCUUCACGACCUCACUACUGGUCUAAUUGAAAUAAGAGAGAUGCAUGUGGCGUCUUAGAUGUGUGCGGCUGUUUUCUCCUCCCCCUCUGCUGACUGGCCCUCUGCCCCUGCCUGCUCGACUGCUAGCUGAUUCGUCGCCUAACUGCCUGGUUGAUUUCAGAUUUGCAGGUCAAAUUUAGAUAUCUGAAUUUGAACUUAAUUGACGAACUCAAUUGACCAACUCAAUUUGGAGCACGGGGGGAAUUGAUGGGUGUUGAUGAGAUCUUGGUUUAAGCAACAUGCGUUUUCGUAGAAGUGAAGUGAGCAGCUAAAUGAUGCGAAGCAUCUCCCCGCAUCUUCUAUCGCAUGUGAAUGGCU